AUGACACUGGAUGGUCUGCUGAGUGCGCUCGGCGCGCCUGUCGAAUCUGUCGAAGAGGAAACAUUUGAACUGUUUUCACAGGAACUGCCGUCACACAGCCUCGGCUUUGUCGACGCCCGUGCUGCCGUUGUCGACCUCACCAUUGCCGGCCGCGACCUGACCAUCCAUCAGUCGCCCGCCGUGUUGGCGUCGAAUCGCGCCGGCGGCACUACCGGAGCUGUGGUCUGGAAAAUCACCCCUCUCUUCGCCUCCUGGCUUGCGUCCCCCUCCAACAUCCUUUUCCGCCCCAACGGCGGCCCCUUGGUACCGGCACGCGCACUCGUGCUCGAGCUCGGCUGCGGCGUGUCCGCCAUCCUCGGCUGUGUGUUGGCGCAUCGUGUGAGGGGGUGGUUGUUGACGGACCAAGCAUAUGUGGGAAGACUGGUUGAGACCAACAUUGCUGCGAAUGUGAGUUUGAUCCAGGACCAUGGACACGGAAAUGGGGCUUCUGGGAAGAAGAUAGGGCAGAGGGGCAAGCGUCAAGGUGGUGCGUCAACACGCUCCUCCUCUUCCUCAUCCACUCCCUCCCGUUCAGAACGUCGCAGUUCCCCAGCCAUAUCAACUUCAGCUCCCAACCACAACACCGAUCCCUCCUUCAAGGUGAAAUUUCACCCCCUAGACUGGGAAACCGACACCCCGACCGCCUCCCUCGCAUCGCCCUGGCACCGCCGCAGCUUCGAUGCCGUCGUCGCAUGCGACUGUGUCUACAACGAGGCUCUCGUCGACCCUUUCGUGAGUGCCUGCGCCGAUGUCUGCCGGUUGAAAGAACAGGAACUCUCCGAGUCAGACCCAACCAGGUCCGACUCGGACUCAGACCCAGAGGCGGGAUCGGACUCGGGAGGGGCUGAAAAUGAAGGAGAGGGGUUCCGGGGAAAGGGGGGAAGAAAGCCGCCGUGUAUUUGCGUCGUAGCGCAGCAGCUGCGCGAUCCGAAUGUUUUUGAGGCGUGGCUGGCACGGUUCCGACAGGAUUUUCAUACAUGGCGGGUGCCGGAUGCGUUAAUGCAUCCUGGUUUGAGGAGUAACUCUGGGUAUGUGGUGCAUGUGGGGGUUUUGAGGGAGGCGUUAGACAUUUAG